AUGGGUGCUCUCAAUUUAGAAGAAUGUCCACUGAAAUUUCAUUUCAUUCCUUAUCCUGCACCUGGCCAUAUGAUCCCUCUUUGCGACAUAGCUACACUCUUCGCCUCUUGCGGUCACCAUGUCACUAUCAUUACAACUCCUUCUAAUGCUCAAAUCCUUUUCAAAUCCAUCCCUUCCCACUACCAUAUCCGUCUCCAUACUGUUCCGUUUCCUUCCUGCCAAGUAGGCCUCCCGCUCGGCGUUGAAAACCUUGCCUCUGUUAACAAUGUUGAGAACUCCUACAAGGUUCACCAGGCUACCAUGUUGCUCCAAUUACCUAUCAGCCAAUUUGUGGAGCAAGAUGCACCGGAUUGCAUCGUGGCGGACUUUAUGUUCUUGUGGGCAGAUGAGUUGGCAAACAAGCUUCAUGUUCCUAGACUUGCCUUCAACGGUUUCUCUCUCUUUGCCAUAUGUGCCAUGGAAUCUCUCAAGGCACAGAACUAUGCAUCGUCUGUCAUUAAGGGUCUUCCUCAUUGUAUCACCUUGAAUGCAACACCACCCAAGGCAUUGACCAAAUUUAUGGAAGCAUGGCUGGAAACGGAGCUCAAAAGCUACGGGCUCAUUGUCAACAACUUCACUGAACUUGACGGAGAAGAGUACAUCGAGCAUUACGAGAAAACCACUGGUCAUAAAGCUUGGCAUCUCGGACCAGUUUCUCUCAUUUGUAGGACCACUCAAGAAAAAGCGGAUAGGGGGCAAACAAGCACAGUGAGCGUUGAUGAGUGCUUGAGCUGGCUAAACUCAAAACAGCCAAACUCAGUACUCUACAUAUGUUUUGGGAGCCUAUGCCAUUUCUCUGAUAAGCAGUUGUAUGAGAUUGCAAGUGCGAUAGAAGCAUCAGGUCACCAAUUCAUAUGGGUUGUCCCUGAAAAGAAAGGGAAGAACGAGAGAAAUGACAGGAACGAAAAAUGGAUGCCAAAGGGAUUUGAAGAGAGGAACAUAGGAAUGAUCAUAAGGGGGUGGGCACCACAAGUGGUGAUUUUAGGCCACCCUUCUAUAAGUGCAUUCUUGACGCACUGCGGAUGGAACUCCACUGUGGAGGCUGUUAGCGCAGGGGUUCCAAUGAUCACGUGGCCAGUGCACGAUGAACAAUUCUACAAUGAGAAAUUAAUCACUCAGGUGCGAGGUAUUGGUGUAGAGGUGGGGGCAGAAGAGUGGAGCAUCAUUGGUUUCAUGGAGAGGGAGAAGUUAGUGGGUAGAGACAUCAUAGAGAAAGCUGUGAGAAGGUUGAUGGACGGUGGAAUUGAAGCUGAUGAAAUACGACAUCGCGCACAAGAGUAUGCAGUAAAGGCCAAACGAGCUGUUCAAGAAGGUGGAUCGUCCCACAAAAAUUUAAUGGCCCUGAUUGAUGAUCUUAAACGACGGAGGGGAUAUAAGGCAUUAGAUUCAUAA